AUGGCUGGCCGCAGAGUUGUAAUUACAGGCCUGGGCAUGGUCACGCCGCUGGGCGUGGGUGUCAAAUCGAACUGGACGAGACUAAUUGCAGGACAUUCUGGUCUUUCCUCGGUGGACCAGCUGGAAAACGCUUCCCAGUACAGAGACAUUCCUGCCAAAGUGGUGGGAGCAAUUCCCCGCGGACCGGCCACAGAAAACAAGUACGACGCAUUUGACCAUUUUGAGGCUCACGAGGUGCGCAAGCUGUCCAAAUUUAUUCAAUACGGCCUGGUUGCUGCCAAAGAAGCACUCGACGAUUCCGGCUGGGUGCCUGUUUCCGAGACGCAGAAAGAGCGCACCGGAGUGUGCGUAGGCUCUGGAAUCGGGUCCAUGGACGACCUAUACCAAAACGCGGUCAGUUUUCACGAGAAAGGAUACCGCAGGCUGCAGCCGCUAUUUGUUCCCAAACUGCUCACAAAUAUGGCAGCAGGCCAUAUCUCGAUCCGCCACCAGCUUCUUGGGCCGAACUGCGCGGCGGCCACAGCGUGUGCGACCGGGCUGAACGCCAUUGGCGACGCAGCACGAUUUAUCAAGGACGACUACGCGGAUGUGAUGGUGGCGGGGGCAGCAGAGGGAGUGAUCCAUCCCGUUGCGGUUGGCGGUUUUGCUAGAGCAAGGUCAUUGUCUACGAAGCUUAAUGACGAGCCGGAGAAGGCGUCUCGGCCGUUCGACAUCGAUCGCGACGGGUUUGUGCUCAGCGAGGGCGCUGGAGUGGUCGUUUUGGAGGAGCUCGAGCACGCACGCGCCAGAGGCGCCACGAUCUACGCCGAGGUGGCCGGCUACGGUCUGAGCGGGGACGCAAACCAUAUAACGUCGCCAAACUUGCACGGGGACGGCGCGCGGCGAGCAAUGGCGCAGGCCAUCAAGUUUGCUGGGAUUGAGCCUGCGCAGGUCGGCUACGUGAACGCCCACGCGACGUCGACCGUUCUGGGCGACGACGCUGAGAACAAUGCGCUAGUGGCUCUUUUCGAGCACUCGAGGCCUGAUCUGAGCGUUUCGUCGACCAAAGGGGCCAUAGGGCAUCUUUUGGGAGCAGCCGGGUCGGUGGAGGCUAUUUACACGGUGCUUGCGGUGAAAAACGGCGUACUGCCGCCAACCUUAAAUUGCAACCAUCCUGGAAACGCAGACGGAUCUGGGAAGUAUAUUUUCAACUACAUCGGCAACAAAGCCCAGCAAAAGAUGGUGGACUACGCUCUCACGAACAGUUUUGGAUUUGGGGGCACGAACGCCAGUGUCUGCAUUAAAAGAUGGGAUGCUUAA